GGACCGUAUAAAGCCACAUUGUCUGUGUCUUCUCGUCCUUCAGCCGCUACAUUAUCAGAAACUAAAAUUGUUACUCUGCUCGUUUUCCCUCAAUCUUUUAUCCAUCCCAACUAUCUUACAAUAAUCCGCACUUCAUCAUGUCAUUUUACCCCAAACCAACCGAAAAGACAGUUGACGCCGUUAUGUCAGACCUCAACCCGGUUCGACCGGCUCCGUUGCAUCCUGUGCUUGAUGCCGUCGAAAUGCAUAUGACCGUGCCUCUGAAUCGGUGGCCCAAACAUGCUAUCAUGGGCACAGCAGAUUACAAGAAACGGCAGGAAUUUCUCAUGUCAGACCACCUGAAGAAGCUUCCUCCGCCUGGAACAAUAGACACCUCUGCCAAGGAUAUGUUGCUUUCUACAAUGUUCAUGCACAAGAUGGCGCAAAUGCAGCGCGUCAUACAACGUCAGGGCUCGGCCGCGAGUGAUGAUCCCCGUUACAUUUACCUUUAUGACGACAUGCGCUUCAAACGUAACAUCUUUUACUGGCGCAAUUUUCGUAUGAAUGACUUGCCACCCGAAAUCAUUACGCACAUCUUUCGUAUCGCUGCUUGGUCAACCAGUACCCCAGAUGAAGGCACGCGCAUUCGCAUAUUACUCACUUCGGUAUGUGCCAAAUGGCGCAGGUUGAUGAUUGAAGACUGCACCCUUUGGAGUGCUAUCUGGUUUCGCGAUCCUCCUCCGUAUGAACGGUCGAUGGAGUGGUUCAGGAGGGCAGGUGGUGCACCGUUGGACAUCCGCAUCAACGAGCAUGACGCCGACUGGAAGUCCAAAGAUGAUGAUUGGAAGUACAAGGAGGACGAUCAUCGAUUUACUACCGAACAGAUGAAAGAGCUCAUGGACAAACUCCUUGUCAAAGUCUCUCAGAUUCGCAUGCUUGUGCUUGUUGUUGACAACUGGCCUCCUGCACUCGUAGUUUUGAACAAGUUGCAAGAAGCGGCUUAUGCUGGGAAGGCUAUCAACAUGGAACGUUUAGAAAUUCAUAGGAUGGGACAACCUAUGGUAUGGCUCGGGCCAGGGCAUACACCUACUGUUCUUUUCGGUGGCCAGACUCGGGCCUUGAAAUAUCUCUGCCUCCGCGGCGUUCAUAUUGACUGGAACGCGACCCCACUUAGCAACCUAUCUACCAUCGACCUCAGGAAAAUUGCGAUGAAUGUUGCGCCAACAUUGAAUCGGUUUCGCGAGGUUCUCCUCGCUUGCCCUCGCUUGCAGAAGUUGUCUUUGGACGGCGCAGGCCCGCAACCCAGCGCUAGAAUGCCCGAUCACAUUCCAAUUAACCUUCCCUAUCUGAAGGUUCUCAUUAUAGGCGGCUUCAGCAUGGUGUACUCGUGCUACAUUUUAUCUCAGUUCAAGGCACCCAACGUUCGCGAUCUGACGUUAAUGAACCUGACAGGCGAAGAUUAUACGACAAUGAUUGCUGCCAUAACUGCUCGGUACAGGGAGCUGCGACUCCUGACGCUCUACACAGUCAAUAUUAGUCCCACAGAGAAGGGGACGAAGGCGAUGGUGAGGUUCCUAUACGCGAUACCUUACCUGAGCUAUCUACGGAUCGCCUCCAUGAACUGGCAUGUCAUAGAGGCAUUUAACGAGGACCCUCGAGAAUAUGGACUUGGGAAAGACGGAGACACUCAGCCGUUCCCGCAGAACCGUCAAGUUCUGUGUCCGAAACUUCAGACGUUAGAAUUCCAGCAAUUGUCUGGAACGAAGAUAGCGGAGUGGGUGGCUAGGAGGAAGGAGCUGGGCGCCCCACUGAGGAGGGCCUAUGUGAAUUCUCCGUACGUCAACAACGUAACUGCGGAGGAAGCGGACAUGAUACAACAGGUCGUGGGUCUGUUCAUCGCGCCUCUGGGAUCCACUACCCCUGAGGAGAGGGCGUUGGCGACUUGCGACCGUUAUGGAGAGACGAUCUAGAGGGGAAAUUAUUUAUUGGAAUGAUAUAUUCUGUAGCAACAUACAUAGGAAAACAUUUGUACACCAUUGCAAUCUAUCACCUCAUUCGUGCA